UUUGCCUAUUAUUUUUAAAUGGCAAUAUUGUCAAAUGUCAAUUUUUAAAUGUCAACAUAGGACAACCCAAAGUACUUCAUAAUAUUAAGUAUUUUAACUAUAGCAGUAAUAGUUUAACAGCUAAGAAAUAGAGCAGUGUAAGAUAAUAUUUAUUUUUAUAAAGUUAUAAAAUAGCAACACUGAUAGUAAAGCUCCACUAAUUAUCACAGUAGCAAAGAACAUAACAUACCAAUGCUUCACAUUUGAAGGGCUCAAUAUGAAAUUAAUUUUAUUGUCAAGAAAUUAAAGGAAUUUUAAUUCUUAUUGAAGGCAAUAAAUACAGCAUCUCCUAAUGUAUAUAACACUCUUUAGUAAAAAUCAGGGGUACAUAAAUUAUAAAAGCGCAAGAAAAAUCAGCCAGGAAGGACGUGGUGAGGUUGGCAUACCCAUCAAGGACAGUAACUACUACCAUGGCUUCCGGCACUUUGGCGAAAACUCAGAUGCGUGGCCUCCUGGCCAGGCGUCUGCAGAUUCAUAUUGUUGGAGCAUUCAUGGUAUCCCUGGGAGUUGCAACUUUGUAUAAGUUUGGUGUGGCUGAACCAAAGAAGAAGACAUAUGCAGAUUUCUGCAGAAAUUAUGAUUCGAUGAAAGAUUUUGAGAUGAGGAAGGCUGGCAUCUUUCAGAGUGCAAAGUGAUUUUGGAACAUAAAAGAAUUUCUUGACCUGUGUUCCUGAGCUAUGAUUAUGUGGGCUGAUGAGUAGUUUCUCUUGAUAAAUAAACCAUUAACAGAUACCAAAAAAAAAAAAAAAGUGCAAGAAAAAGCAAUUUAUGACACAAAUUUUAUGAACUAUGUGGCAAUGAAUGUAAAAUCAUUAUCAACAGAACUGUCUUCUUGUAAUCCAAGGACAUUACCACAUAGUCUUUCACUCUAAAUCUGAGUUUCAGUGGUAUUUUGAAAUUGUUAGUUAUAAACAGAUACCUCUUAUGUUAGUCCUCUGAGUUAAAAGUAAUAUUCUCAUUGGGCCAGACUGUGGUGGCUCACACCUAUAAUCCUAGCACUUAGGGAGGCUGAUGUGUGAGGAUCACCUGAAGCUUGGAAUGUGAGACCAGCCUGAGCAACAAAGCUUGAUUCUGUCUCAACAAAAAAUUUUAAAAAUC